GGACACAUGUAGCGGAUCACAACUCAGGCAUAAAUAAAAAGAUAUUUGUUUUUAUUACCUCUGGGAAUUUGCCCUAAGGUGAUUAUAUAAAACUAGAGCACCAUCGAAAUGACUGCAGAUUUUCCCCGUGGAUCCAGAGGCAGCAGGUUGUGAGGAUGGAUGGGCUCUUUGGUUUUUCCGUUUCCUCUCUGUGGCUGUGGCAGGACGUUCGCAGCUUGCUCCUCUUCACUCUGGUCUUCUUGGUGAUAGCAGCGUGUUUGAGGACCCGUCGUCCCAGCGGCUUUCCUCCAGGACCACGGGUGCUUCCUCUUGUGGGGACCAUGUUCUCCCUUGACUUUAACAAUCUCCACAGAGAAAUGACCAAGUUAGCAGAGAAGUACGGGAAUGUGUACAGCCUCAAAAUGGGCUCCUCCUGGAUAGUGGUGUUGAAUGGCCUCGACGCCCUGCAAGAAGGUCUACUCACCAACGGAAACAUCUUGGCUGACCGACCGUUAAUUCCUCUCCAUACUGACGUGCUCCCUGACCUGGGUAUUAUCUUUACCAAUGGAUACUUGUGGAAACAGCAAAGGCAAUUUGCCCUCUUCACUCUCAAGUACUUUGGAGUUGGCAAAAAAUCACUGGAAUCUACCAUACAGGACGAAUUUAAUUACAUAUCUAGAGAGAUUGCUGUUCAUGACGGCAAACCCUUUAAUCCUCACAUGAUUAUGAACAAUGCCGUCUCCAACAUUAUCUGCUCCCUGGUGUUUGGUCAUCGCUUUGAAUACGGCGAUGAGAAGUUUGUCACUAUGAUGAAGUUGAUUGAUAAAGCAACUCAAAUCGAGGGCUCCAUUUGGGCGCAGCUGUAUAAUGGGUUUCCAAUGCUGAUUAAACGUCUGCCGGGCCCUCACCACACUCUUCAGAAGAUUUACGGUGAAAUGGUAAAGCUGAUGAAAAUCGAAAUCAAUCAACACAAGAAAGACUGGGACCCCGCAGAGCCCAGAGACUUCAUCGACUGUUACCUGACUGAAAUUCAGAAGAGCAAGAAGGAUGAUAAAGAGGAUGCUGGUUUUAAUGAGAAUAAUUUGGUGAUGUGUUCGUUCGAUCUGUUUGGAGCCGGCACUGAGACCACAUCCACCACCCUGCGCUGGGCUCUGCUCUACAUGACAAAGUACCCUGAGAUUCAGGAAAAGGUCCAGGCAGAGAUAGACCGAGUGAUUGGACAGUCCAGACAGCCGUGCAUGGAGGACCGUGCAGACCUGCCCUACACUGACGCCGUCAUCCACGAGGUGCAGAGGAUGGGCAACAUCGUCCCUCUGGGGCUGCCUCACUUUGCCAACAGAGACCUCCAGCUGGGAGGCUACAAACUCCCAAAGGGCGUUACAGUGAUUCCUAAUUUGACCUCGGUGCUGUUUGAGAAGAACAAGUGGGAGACGCCCUACACCUUUAACCCUGGACACUUUCUGAAUGAGAAGGGAAGGUUUGUGAAGAAGGCUGCGUUCAUCCCUUUCUCUGCAGGUAAGCGAGUGUGUCUCGGGGAAAACCUGGCCAGGAUGGAGCUCUUCCUGUUCUUCACCUCCUUCAUGCAGCACUUCACCUUCUCCAUGCCUCCUGGGGUGGAGCCUAACUUAAAGCCCCGUGUUAGCGUCAUUCUUUCACCCCAACACUAUGAAAUCUGUGCCACACUACGUUAAGUGUGACACUCCUCAAGCUUUAAGUUGCAUUUCAGACAAAUGAAUUCUGUUUGUGAAACAGGAUAAAGUUCAACAUAAAGUUCUACAUGCAUUAACAUGAGUUAGUGUUCUUGGUGACCUAAUCCACUUCUUAUAGUUGCAAUAAUAAAUAUUUGGCCACUUGGAGUAGAGUUAGCUGGAUGUCUAGGGUGAUUAUGCAAGAACUAUUAAACCCAUACCCAUUAAACUUAGUGAGGGGUGUGGUUUGGGAAUUACCUAUCUUGAACACAUGUAAAUUAAGGGUCAGAUUUUUUUUUUACUUUCUUCAACUAUCUUUUAUGACAAAUAGUCCAUUAGGGUUAUCAGACCAUAUCAGUUUUUCUUUUAUAUGUCUACUUUAAGAACUAAACAAUCAUAUGUCAGAUUGUUGAGCCGUAGUGGAGGUGUCUACAGCGGUUUGAGACAUCUCACACAAGUGCAUUAAUGAAAAACACAAAUGCAAAAGCCACAAAAUGGAAACACAACCACAGUGGAAGUGUGUGAAAACAGAUGCUGACAAUGAAACAGGCAGUCAUUUACUGUACAUCAUUUGUGAAAACCCGGACAAGUCAGUCUCUGCUUAAAAUUAGAUGCUUGUCUCUCGCAUCUGUGUUUUCCGUUCAUGCACUUGUGUGAAACAUCUCAGCCACCACAGGUAUGCACUCUAAUGAGCUAACCUGGAUUUACAGGCUGCAAUUUAAAAGGAGUCAUGAGCCAGGGGUUAGAUAAAAGUAUUACCGUGAUAAGAUGUAUUGUACAUAGUCACACAACGCUGCUGCUGUAACUGAGGUUUUAAGUCCACGACAUUAACUUGAAUUUUUUUUUUUAUUGGGAAUAUUCCCUGAAGUGAACUCUUCAACCACAACCUUUCACUGAAAGUUUGCAGACAAUAAAAACCUUAGUAAUACUGACACCAUUU